CCCUGUGUGGUUGAGGCCCUCGUGUCACUGCCACUUAGAGGCCACUUUACAGAAGUGCAAUGACAACAGGCACAUUUCAGUCGCAAUGACAGUUAUUUUGAUCUCGGCCAGUUGGUCUGCAGGCGCCAUGUGAUCCCCGUCCCGCUCCAGCCUCUCAGCAGAACUCAGUCACUUGUAGCUUCCUCUGAGUUGACAACUCAGCCCUGAACUUACCCAAGUGUAAAAAUAUCAGCCCUUUCGCCAGCACACGUUGUCAAAUGGUGUGUAGCAGAGCAAACUAAGAAAACAUAAUCACUGGUUAACUUACAAAGGACUGGAAUUGUAUAGCAUCAGAGAAAUGCGUUCCAUAGUUGGACUGGUGGGCGUCCUGUCCGCGGCAACCUGCUACCUGUACCUGCUGUCCACGCACCUGCCCGCCGUCUCCCCAAUCCCAUCAGACAACACAGACGAGGACUCGGAAGUCAAGGAGUAUCGGCUGAAGUUCCCUUCUGACCUGGACGAGCUAAGGGAGCUAGCGGAGACGCUAAAGUUCUACAAGAGAGAACACCACAACUAUGUCCUCCUGCUGUUCUGCAGCGCCUACCUCUACAAACAGUCCUUCGCCAUCCCUGGGUCCUCCUUCUUGAACAUGCUGGCCGGGGCUCUGUUUGGGACCUGGGAGGGUCUGGCCCUGACCUGCCUCCUGACCACCUCGGGCUCCACCUUCUGCUACCUGCUCUCCUCCGCUUUCGGGAAGGAGCAUGUCAUCCGCCUCUUCCCUGACAAAGUGGCCUUGCUGCAGAGAAAGGUGGAGGAGAACAAGAGAAGUCUCUUCUUCUUCCUCCUCUUCCUGCGUUUGUUCCCCAUGACACCUAACUGGUUCCUUAAUGUCACCUCCCCCAUCCUCAACAUACCCCUGACUCUCUUCUUCCCCACUGUGCUGAUAGGUUUGAUUCCAUAUAACUUCAUCUGUGUCCGGACUGGGUCCAUUCUGUCCAAGAUCUCCUCCAUGGAUGACAUCUUCUCCUGGGGAACGCUGGCUCAGCUCCUGGCCAUCGCCUGCGUGGCUCUCCUCCCGGGUGCACUGAUCCGCCGCUACAGCCAGGUGGCCCUGGACGGCGCCGAGCAGACACAGGACAGAGGCCAGCACCACAAGGCCCAAUGAGGGGGGACAACAACACAGAUGAGAAACAAAA